AUGUGUGGUGGUGCGAUCCUCGCCGAGCUCAUCCCGAGCACGCCGGCGCGCCGCGGCGGCGCGGCGUGGCCCGCCGGCAAGGGCAGGCGGCGGAAGGCCGACGACUUCGAGGCCGCGUUGCGGGAGUUCGACGAGGACUCCGAGGAGGACGAGGAGAUGAUGGAGGCGGGGGAGGAGGUGGAGGUGGUGAGCAAGCCCGCCUUCGUCCUCCGCGCCUCGUCGUCCCCGGCGACGCCGACGAAGCCCAGGGCGCGCCAGGAGGAGGAGCCGAGCCGGCGCCGGAAGCCCGUGCAGCAGUACAGGGGCGUCCGGCGCCGCCCGUGGGGCAAGUGGGCCGCCGAGAUCCGCGACCCCGUCAAGGGCGUCCGCGUCUGGCUCGGCACCUUCCCCUCCGCCGAGGCCGCCGCGCUCGCCUACGACCACGCCGCGCGCGAUGUCCGCGGGCCCAGGGCCAAGCUCAACUUCCCCUCCUCCUCCGCCGCCGCCGCCGGGGCCCCAGCCAGCCGCAAGCGCGCCCGCGCCGCCGAUGCCGCCAUCAUCGACCUCGUCGACCAAGAGGAACAAGAGCAGCGCGCGGCGGCGGCGUUCUUGAAGCACGAGGCCGCCGAAGAAGCAGCCGGCGCGCUCCCGGACUUCUCGUGGCAGGGCGUGUUCUCGGCGUACGACGAGGCUCCCGCCCUCGACGUCGAGGCCGGCCAGAGCGGCGAUAAGAAGCGGUCGAGGACCGAGCCGGAGAGCACCGAAGACGAGGCGUCGCCCCGGGCCUCCUCCGGCUCCGAGCCGGACGCGCUGUUCGACGCGCUCCUCUUUGGCGACCAGUUCGCCUUCUUCGACGCCGGCGCGUACGAGUCACUGGACAGCCUGUUCAGCGCGGACGCCGUGCAGAGCAACGCCGCCGCCGUCGCGGCGGACCAGGAGGGCAUGCCGCUGUGGAGCUUCGACGACGGCUGCCUCGUCGAGGACAACCUGUCGUUUUGA